UAGUCGACUCCAGCUUUAAUAAUUUAUUUUACUUUGCCGGAAUCAAUAUUUUAUCUUGUUUAUGUCCACAAGAUAUAUAACAAAAUCAAUAUGACUGAUACGAAUGAUAAAAAGAACUUGGCCAUCAUAAGGGAUCCCAACACUGUCCAAAAUCGCAUAUUUGUUGGCAAUUUGCCAACAUGUACUCGAGAGGAGUUGGAGAGCAUCUGUAAGCCGUACGCAAAAGUUUUGGGUUCCUUGGUUCAGAAGAACUUUGGCUUUGUUCAGUUUGAAUCGGAAGAAAUUGCGAAUAAAGUAGCCAAGGCUUUGACAAAAUCAACAUUUAAGGGAAAUACAAUAACUAUUCGCAAUGCCAAUCAAAGGAAGCCACAAAAUCAAGUGGGCGCCAAUAAUCAAAAUAAUCCCUCUGGUUCAGGACCGCCUGCGGUUGGAAACAGUUCCGGCGUUGGAAAUUGGCCGCAAGUUCAAUCAAACGCUGGCGAAGGCGACGAUGACAAUGGAUAUAAUGCUGGCUACAACGACUGUGAAAUUAUUGUUGUGGAUCGGAAAAAUACCAAAUAUGCUGAAAUGAUAGAGGAACGGCUCAAGCGUAUGAAUUUGCGUGUUGAUGUUCUGUUUCCCAACGAAGACGUUCCUUUAGGCAAAGUGCUUUCCAAUAUAGCGUCACGGGGCUGCCUAUACGCUAUAUUGGUAACGAAUCAGCACGAAGAACACAACAGCAUAACUGUAAACAUACUGUAUGGUCAACCGGCAGAACAUCGCAAUAUGCCCGUAGAUGAUGCAAUUAAUCUAGUUGCCGACGACUUUCGUAAAAAGAUGAUGCGUGAAAAAGGACCUGCUGGUAACCAAGCAAGUCACAACAUUAGUCAUCUACCAAAUCCAGUGCCCAUAAUACCAGCUGCAACUACAAAUUAUAUUGCACCGCCAUUGAAGGAACGCCAUCCCGAUGCAAUACAAUCCCUUUUAAAUUUAUUGGCUAAUAAUAUGCCAUUGACGGUACUGCAGUAUGAUCGCAUUAUAAAGUAUCUUCAAGAUCGUCGUUUACUACAGAUGAAGGUUGAGUUGGGAGAUGCUGAUGAUGAGCCAUCGCAAGGAACGCCAGAUCCUGAAAUAGAAUUACAAAAGAAAAUAUUGAACAUUCUGAACAAGCCGUCUGUGGCGGAAACACAUUACGACUUAUUGUACCCCACUCUAGACUCAGUUAAGGCUGAUAUGCGUUUGUUGUCACUUCUCAAAGAUAAUCGGGUUCAAAAAGCUCUUGAUUCCUUAAUGGAUAGUAAUUUAGUGUCAACAAUAGAGGGCCUAAUGAAAUUUUAAAACUUAAUAAUGCUUUACUAAACCAAUAUAACUAAGUAUGUAUUUUACAACAAUAGAUAUUAAAUUAAAUUUACCAACAAACAAA